AUGCCUCGUCGUGGACUCUUCCGCCAGGCUAAUCAGUUCGGCGUUUUCGACCAAGCCGGCAACCUGUUCCCUCCUCAGCAGGCUCUUCCUCUUCCAGCUCCCCCCGGCCAACCUCAACCAGUUCCCGCGGCUCCAGCAGCAGCAGCACCAAACCCAGACAAUCUUGAAGAAAUGUUAGCAGCAGUGAUGCCAGGCGCAUUUCCGCAGUUCGAAGAAGGCGAGCAAGCACCAGUUGCACCACUAGCAGGCACACCACAAGUUCCACAAGUUCCACAAGUUCCACAAGUUCCACAACCUGCGCAGCCCAACAUGCCCCUUCCUCAACAGAUGCCCUUAGUCCGGAAACAAAACCGCCUCCGUCGUCUCUUAAAUCACAUGCAUAACCGUGAGUUUGUCGCACAAGACUUUCACGCUCCACCAGCACAAAAAAUGACCUGGACCGAAGUCCGUUCAAAGCUCGGUGCUCCAGCACCACCUCCGGAUCGCGCCAAAACGCUUUACGAGUGGGACAGAGUCCGUUAUAGAAUUGGUAUCCGUCCGAUCUUCGAAUAUAUGAAAGCUGCACAAGAACAGCAAGAGCAAGCCAGGCUUCAAAAUCAAGCUGCAAUGCAACAAGGUCAAUGGAAUGGGCAAUUUCCACAAGUGCCUCAACAACCUAUCGCAGGGGCCGCUCCGGCACCAGCAGCACAACAACCGGCAAAUUCUCCAUACCUUCUUGUAGAAACCCCACAAGGACCAAUUUACAUCCCACAACCGCCAGCACCAGGUGCACAGAACCCACUAACGGGCCAACCAACCGAAAAUCCGUGGUCACAACAAGAUGCAAAGAGCCUCGCGACCGCAUUAUUUCUGUCAGGAAUGAAAUUGACUUGGAAUGCGGCAACAUCGAUGUGGGAUGCCGUUACAGCUGCCUAUAACCAGAACUUUGAGGAUAGAGUGAAGCUGAGAGAUCAGACAAAUCAAUGGGUCAAUGAAUGUGUGAGGAGAGGUUAUGCUAUUCCAGCUCAAAGAUAUCACCAACAAUAUGGGCAGCCCGGCGGGUGGCCGCAAUGGGGAGCUACACAGCCACAACAACCACAACAGCCACAGCAGGUUCCGAUCCCGCAGCAGCCGUUUGCACGAAGAUGGCCUUGA